GGUAGACGCAAGAGCCCUAAGAACCGGGAGCAGUGUGAAGAAGAAGAGGCGAGAACGACCCCUGGACCGACCAAAGCCCGCGCGCCGCUGCACCCCGCGUCCAGCGCCCACGUCCCGCCGCUGUCGCCACCAUGCCCAAGAGAAAGGCUGAAGGGGAUGCUAAAGGAGAUAAAGCCAAGGUGAAGGAUGAACCACAGAGAAGAUCUGCAAGGUUAUCAGCUAAACCAGCUCCUCCAAAGCCAGAGCCCAAGCCUAAAAAGGCCCCUGCAAAGAAGGGAGAGAAGGUACCCAAAGGGAAAAAGGGGAAGGCUGAUGCUGGCAAGGAUGGAAAUAACCCUGCAGAAAAUGGAGAUGCCAAAACAGACCAGGCACAGAAAGCUGAAGGUGCUGGAGAUGCCAAGUGAAGUGUGUGCAUUUUUGAUAACUGUGUACUUCUGGUGACUGUACAGUUUGAAAUACUAUUUUUUAUCAAGUUUUAUAAAAAUGCAGAAUUUUGUUUUACUUUUUUUUUUUUUUAAAGCUAUGUUGUUAGCACACAGAACACUUCAUUGUUGUUUUGGGGGAAGGGCAUAAGUCACUAAUAGAUGGUCUCCAAAACUGGAUUGCCCUGGGGAAAAACAACUUUUCCUCACUAGUUUUGAGAGACUCCCUCUUGAUUUCCAAGAGGAGGGAUUCCUUGACUUGACACGGUAGCCACCCUGGCACCCAAUGCCUUGUGGUGGGGAAAAACUAAAAUGUGUUUCUGUGUCCUGUCUCCCUCUCCGCCUUCAGCAUAGACUUGACUCCCUUAACCCCAGAGAGACCUGUUGAGCCUGGACUCCCAAAAAGUGGUUACCAGGAUGUCAGGCCAUCUGGAUUUUGCAGUGCCCCAACUGAGACGGCAGCCCUCAAAAGAACGGUUCCUUUUUUAGAUUGUGGAUCUUCAGAUUGAUCAUUCUGCCAUUUUUCUUUCAUUUCUUGAAAGUCAGGGUCGGCUUGUGAAAAGUUGUUAAACAACAUACUAAAUGUGAAAUGUCAACCCUCACUCUAAACUUUCGCUGUUCAGAGCAUCAAAUGAAGAUGUCAUUGGGUUUUAUAGUGGCUUUCUGAUUUUGGUAGUCCAUUGAAGAAGGGAGUUUGAAAGUUAUUGUAUACUGUUAACGAUUGUCUGCCCAUGUCCUGCCUGAAAUACCAUGAUUGUUUAUGAAAAGUAUCUUUAAUAAAGCUGGAUACAGUUUG